UGUCAAACUUCAUCUGUCAAAAAUCUGUGUCAAAGUGCAACUGUCAGUAUUUUCAUUGUGAAUAACGUAAACAAUUGAUUUUUGUAAAAACCUGCGUAUUGUUAAUAAUAAUUACAAUGUCUACGAUUUCGUCCCCGUCGGUCGAACUUAGUUCGUAUCGCGACCAGCAUUUUAAGGGCACUAGAAUAGAACAAGAUCGUCUUUUGCGGUUAUCCACCACUUUGUACGUCGGAAAUCUCUCGUUUUAUACCACGGAGGAACAAAUUGUUGAAUUGUUUUCGAAAUGUGGCGAUAUCCGACGAGUUGUUAUGGGUUUGGACAAGUACAAGAAGACUCCGUGUGGGUUCUGUUUCGUGGAAUAUUAUAACAGAGCAGACGCCGAAAAUUGUCUUAGGUAUAUAAACGGAACCCGUUUGGACGACAGAAUCGUGAGGACUGACUGGGACGCUGGGUUCAUCGAGGGGCGACAAUACGGCCGCGGCAAAACCGGCGGUCAAGUACGAGACGAAUACCGAACGGACUACGAUUCAGGUCGAGGGGGUUACGGUAAAAUCAUGCAACAAAAAAUGGGGGUUAAUGACGGGGGUUUUUCGCGAUGAGGUAAUAAUAUAAGUUUAAAAUUAA